AUGCUGCUUACAGCGAGAGUGGCAAGGAGUGUGGUGUCUUUGGGCAUCAUAAUGGAUUUGCUUAGCAUGGUAGGAUGCUUCUACCUGCAUUCGCCACAAACAUUGUUAGGAAUCUGCUCUGUGACAUCCAGAAGUUGUGUGCAGCCACCCUUUGGUCUCAAGACUGGCAAAAUGACAACCCAAAAAGCGAACAUGAGAAGGGCAAGAUCGACGCUUUAUCUAAGCACCCAAAGCGAUCCACCUAAUGAGCAACAGGUAGAACUAAAUCGAAAGGAAAGAAGAAGAUUGAACAGGAAAAAUAGGAACAACCAAAGGAAUAGGCUUACCGCUGAUACACCAAUAGGGCUUACCUCUAUUGCACGCAAAAAAUCCUUAUCUCAAAAUUUUCUUGUGGACGAUGCAAUCAUCAUGUCCUUGGUGAACUGUGUGGAUGAUCAGAGUCAAAUGGGAUGUUGUGUUGUAGAGUUGGGUCCGGGUCUAGGCUCUUUGACAAAGCAUCUGCUUGAGCGAUUUCCUCGCAUGAAAGCUGUUGAGCUCGAUGGCCAAGCUGUCAAGUCCCUUCAGGUGUCUUACCCCAAUCUGGAUAUUACUGAGCAAAGUCUUUUGGAUUUUGAUUUCAAAAAACACUACGACGAGAAGGGAGAACGACUCACUGUCAUCUCAAACGUUCCAUUUGGAAUAUCAAGUUCCACCUUGUACAAGCUGUUGGAAAACUCGGCGUACAUUAGACGAUCAGUUCUGGUUUUACAGCAAGAAGUCAUUGACAGGAUAAUGUCUGGCCAAACUCAAAGAAAAUACGGCUCGCUUUCAAUAGAGCAUGUGAUUCGUGCAGAAAACAUUCGGCAAGAAAUGACCAUACCGCCUAUGGCAUUUGAACCCCCUCCAAGACAAACCAGAAUAGGUGUUGUCUCUAUUGACUAUCAAGAAGAGCUCCCGCUGGAAGAAUCUGAGAUGCGGAGCUCCAAGGACUUGCAGAAAUCUGUUUGA